GUUUAGACAUUAUAUAAUCAAUGUUGAAGUCCAUUAAGAUAUCAAAAUGGCUAAGAUCACCACUUUCUUACUGCUUGCGUGCGCUUUUGGAUAUUCGAUAUGCUCGGAAUCUACAUCCGCCGCCUCGGAAAAAUCAGAGCCAUCCAAAGAACACAAGGACAAUAAAGAUGCAGACGUAGCUGAUAGACGAAUUCUUUAUUCGCAAGAUAUUUCUGGACUCCCACAGAGACCACGGCUGUUGCAAAAGGCGUUGCCAGUAGAAUGCGUUGUGUGCACCGAUUGUCCAAAUGUUAACGAGGACACUCCAUCAAAGCUAUGCCCUUACAGUCUGGAUCCAAGCAAAAAUGGAAAAUGUGUGACAUACGCGGAACAAUACAAACAUAUGCAAAGACCCUGGUACAUCCGAGGCUGUGCAUCUGAACGAGGCUCCUGUGACGACAUAAGAAGGGCUCACGAAAGCUUCGGUGACAUGGUCACCCUUCUCUCUUGCAAUGAGUGUGAGGGAGAUAGAUGUAACCGAAACGGAGCAGCCUCAUUUGCAGACUAUACUAUGGCGUUCAUCACGCUUAUAGUAACCCCAUUUAUUUCUAAGGCUACUUUAUCCUAAACGACCAACAAGGCUUUAAUUAGAGGCAAAAAAGAUGUCUGAACUAUAACAAAACAAUAUCAAUCUACAUUGACUUACUAAUAAGACCACAAUAUUGGAUAUAAAUAAUAUUGUAUAGAACUUUUAUGUCUCUAAUCAUUGUAAAUGUAGCCUUUAUAAGCGACGAAGACAAAGCUUCGAACAAAUGUUAGUAUUGAGUAAUUAUUAUUUAAGAGCCUGGUAAUGUCUCAAUGUUAGUAAAACGUUUUCCUACAA